AUGAAUUUAAAUAUGGAUCGGCCAAUUGAUUGCACGAAUAGUCCUGUAUUUCAGCAUGCUUCAUUUACUUUUGACGAAGAUAGCACAAUUUUUUCUAGUCAAUUUGACUCUGGAAACUUAGCAAGAGUUGAGAGAAUCGGAAUAGGAAUUUAUCAUCUUUGAACUGGGCCAGAUUGUAUAGGAACUAAAGCUGAAAAUUCAUGCAGAACUUGGUUUUAUUUCAAAAUGACUGCCCCCCAAGGCCUUACAGUCACAUUUACAGUGAAAAAUUUAAAUCUUCAAGGUAAAUUAUUCAGAGAUGGAAUGAAGCCUGUAAUCAAAACUCCAAACGAAGAUUGAAAGAGAAUUUGCUCUCCAGUAACAUUUAAUGUAUCUGGCGAUGUAGGGAAUAUGUUUGAACUUACGUUUAUGCACCAUUUCCAAGAAAGAGAAGCCUAUUUUGCAUUUUGCCACCCAUGAAGCUACAGUGAACAUUUAAAAUUGUUAACUGAAAUACAAAAUAAAGAUGGACACUUUUACUUGCAUAGAGAAAAUUUAAUAAAUUCUUUGGAAGGAAGAAAGUGCGAUGCUCUAACAGUAUCGAGCUGGGAAGGGAUCCUUGACCAAAUAGAGGUUCAGAUUCCAAGUUUAUACCCUGAUCCUUUAGAAGUAAGAGCAAAAAGAUUUUCUAAUAAAAAAAUCGUGAUUGUAUCAGCGAGAGUUCACCCAGGUGAGACUCCAGGGUCUCACGUUAUGAAUGGGUUUUUAAAGUUUAUCACAAGUGAAGAUCCACGAGCUUGCAUGCUAAGAGAUUCUUUUGUGUUCAAAAUAAUUCCAAUGCUGAACCCUGAUGGCGUUUAUAGAGGCCAUUACCGAACAGAUACAAGGGGCUUAAACUUAAAUAGAUUUUAUACGAAUCCAUCAUUAUUGGAACACCCAACAAUAUAUGCAGUAAAAGAACUGCUUAUGAGCUAUCAUAAAGAAGACAGUGAAUUAGUGUACUUAUAUGUUGAUUUGCAUGGACAUGCAUCUAAAAAAGGAUGCUUUAUUUAUGGAAAUUAUAUGGAUUUUCCUCGUCAAAUUGAUUCAUGCUUAUUUGCGAAAUUAAUGUCCCUCAAUUGUGUCAAUUUUGAUUUUGAAGGCUCAAAUUUUUCAGAGAAAAAUAUGCAUGCGAAAGACAAAUGUGGGUUAUCUAAAGAUGGAAGUGGCAGAGUUGCUCUAUAUAAAGCUUGCAAUAUUACUAGAUGCUAUACUUUGGAAUGCAACUAUAAUACAGGUCGCCUUAUUAAUAAAAUUUCACCACUUGACUUACCAGAAAGCGUAGAAAGUGAUAUUUCUAAUGAAAUGUACAAAAAUGGUCCUCCAGUUUAUUCCAUACCAAUUUAUGAAGAUGUUGGUAAGGCAAUAAUCAAGUUUAGUUUUAUAAGGCCAUAAGCGGACUAGCCUCUAGCCUGACUAUCUGACGAAAAAUUAUAUACCCUACGGAUUAGCUCUCUAGGUUAAGGAACCUUUUACUGUUGUCUGGUUACUCUCGAUGAGGAGAGAAUGUGUUGCAGGCAAAACCUGUCUAGGCUAUCUGGCAGUGACAGGAAAAACUUAGGGGAGGAAUACAUCUCCAAGCCUGAAGGUCUACUUCAAAAGUGACAGAGCACUGUUUUCAGCUUCAUCGGGACGGGUCCUACCGCUCCAUUGGGAGACCUUGCUCUUUUAAUGCCACCAUUUUAUUUCUUGAUAAGGCAAUAGGAAUUUCUCUUUUAGACAGCAUUGGAAAAAACUGCAAUUCAAGAGUAUUACAAAACGAUCCUGAGCUAAAAAAUGUAAGGCUGCAAGUGGCAGCUUAUAUAGCUGAUCAAAUACCUUUUAGGUAUGAUCUCUCAAUUAAAAAAGCUGUUAAAAGCAUUGAUGACUUAGAAAAUUAUAUUAAAAAUGGAGGAAAACUCACAAAAUCCAGACUGAAGAAGCCUAGUGAUGAAGAAAGUAAGAAAAGAAGAGUUAUUCGGAACAAAACUUCUGUAUCUUCUUAUGAUAGAACUUUUUAAAGGAUGGAGAGAAGUGUUAAGUCCUAGGUGACUGGUGAGUUGAUCCAAGCCUCAGAUUAGUUGAUUACAUUCUUUUUGAAGGUUCGGGGUGGUUUUGCCUGAUCGGGCUUCCAAACAGGGUGACCUAAAGACGAUCAAAUAGAAGGCGCAGGGUCGACUCAAAUAUCCGGGAAGCAAUUUAAUGCCCGAUAAAGGCAGGGUUGUCCAAAAGGAGGCAGUGGAAGUUUCCCUUGUGUUCUGAGCAUUAUCAGGGCUUAGAGAGUCCUCUCUUGCAGAGUUAGACCAAGUAUGGUCGGGUAAGUCUCCCCAAGAGACUGCUGACGUCAUCAUUUUUGAUAGUGUGACGCCGAUGCCUAGGUUCACUCGAACCUGAAGCCGGCGAUAUGAUGGAGAGGGGCUAAAAUAAACUCCUAGUAGCAUUCUAUCUUUAAUCUAAUCUAAUCUUGUGAUAGAAAAAAAGGGAGUCAAAACUCUGAGCCUGUUAAGAAGCAAGUCCUAGAGAAGGUAAAAGAAAUUAAUAUUGUUCCUGUGAGGAAUUAUAAUUUUCCAAAAUCUUCUCCUGAUCUUCCCAGAAGUGCAAUCAAUAGAGGAAGACAAAUUACUAGGACUGUUCUUAAUCCCUUUAAUAGAGGCUCAAGAAGUGCUAGCACUAAAUCUUGUGGAGAUGAAGCUUCGAAAAGGAGCAAAUCUAUAGAAAAAGAUAGUAAAAUGAUAACUGUGAUUGAAGCUGUUGGAGAGUAA